CCGCAACGACGACCUAACAAGCUGCUGAUCACUGAGCUCCUCUCGAAGUUGUUGGUCAUCGAUCCAUGGCGGACAUACAGUGCGAUCAGCCCACCAAGCUGACGCCAAGCGCAUCGUCGCUGAGGAUCUUUGGCUACGACGUGGCCGGCGGGGGUGCUGCCGACAUCGUCGUGCAGGCGCCGCCGCGGGACGGCCGGCCGGUGGCGGACGGGCGCAAGUUCGAGUGCCAGUACUGCUGCCGCGAGUUCGCCAACUCUCAGGCGCUAGGCGGGCACCAGAACGCGCACAAAAAGGAGCGGCAGCAGCUGAAGCGCGCGCGCCAGCUCGCCGCCCGCGUUGCCGAUGGCGGGCCCGCUGCAGGCUUGGCGGCGUUCUGCGCCGCGGGCUUCGUGCCGCCGCCGCCCGGGCACCUGAUGGCCGUGGGCAACGCCGGGUCGAACCCGUAUGCGCCGGGCCCUGUCCCAAGCUGGGUGUACCUCGCUCACCAGCCCACCAUGGGCCUACAGUUCCACGCUGUCUCACCAGGCGUGCGCCACCCCGAGCCGCUGACGCUUCGUGGAUGCACCACCAGCAGCAGCCCUCGAUCUUACGAGCUGUGCGCUCCGGCUGAUGACGACGCCGAGGAAGCCUCGGCGAUGGGGCUGAACCUGCAUCUCAGCCUUGCUCCAGCUAGUUCAUCGUGACCGGAAUAUAAAUCCUUCCCUCCCUCACCGAUUGUAAAAUGGACCAAUAUGUUUGUGUUCUUUUCUUUA